AUGGCUCUGAUGGUGACGGUGGACGUGCAGGCGGUGGAGGGCCGCAGCGUGGCGCUGCCGUGCAACGUGACGCCGCCGGGCCACGACAAGGUCUACAUGGUCUUCUGGUUCCGCGACGACGCCGGCAUCCCUCUCUACAGCUUCGACGUGCGCGGGCGGCCGCUGAGCCAGGCGACGCACUGGUCGUCUCCCGAGGCGUUCGGGCCGCGCGCCUACUUCCGCACUGUGUCGGAGCCGGCGCAGCUCGUGCUGGAGGACGUGCGGCUGCGCGACGAGGGCGUCUACCGCUGCCGCGUCGACUUCCGCAACACGCCCACGCGCUCCGCCAGGUUCAACCUCACCGUCAUAGUGCUGCCCGAGGCGCCGCAGGUGCUGGACCGGCUGGGCCGCCGCCUCAACGCGACGCUGGGCCCGCUGCUCGAGGGUGACGACAUCGUGCUCACGUGCCGCGUGCUCGGCGGGAAGCCGGAGCCGUCGGUGCGCUGGCUGCUGGACGGCGAGGUGGUGGACGCCGACUGCGAGCGGCGCGUGGCGGGCGUCGUAGAGAACCGGCUGGCGUUCCGCGGCGUGGCGCGCCGCCACCUGGGCGCCGUCUUCGCCUGCCAGGCGCGCAACACGCCGCUCGUCGACCCGCGCCGCGUCGCCCUCACGCUCGACCUGCACCUGCGUCCGCUGUGGGUGCGCGUGCUGGACCGGCCGGGGCAGCUGGUGGCGGGUCGCCGCUACGCGGUGCGCUGCGAGACGGCGGGGUCGCGGCCGCCGGCGGUGCUCACCUGGUACAAGGCGUCGCGCCCGCUGCGCAGGACCAAGGAGGAGACGGCGGAGAACACGACGGUGAGCGAGCUGACGCUGGUGGCCGCCACGGACGAUGACGGCAAGGUGGUGACGUGCCGCGCAGAGAACCCCAACGUCACCGGCGCCUACCUCGAGACCAGCUUCACGCUCACCGUCGUCUAUCCACCUAUAGUGUCGCUCCUCCUGGGAUCCACACUGAACGCGGACGACAUCAAAGAGGGCGACGACGUGUACUUUGAGUGCCAAGUCAGGGCCAACCCACCGUGGCGUAGGCUCUCCUGGCUGCACAACGACGUGCCGCUGGCGCACAACCCUGCCGAGCGCGUCAUCCGCAGCAAUCAGAGCCUCGUGCUGCAGAAGGUCAGCCGCCAGAACGCCGGCCGCUACGUCUGUGUCGCCUCCAACGGGGAGGGCGAGACUCCAUCCAACGUUCUCACGCUCAGAGUCAAGUACGCGCCGAGGUGCUCCGAGGAGCGUGCAGUGGUGGUGGGCGCGUCGCGCUCAGAGACGCUGGACGUGUGGUGCCGCGUGCAGAGCGACCCGCCGGCGCGCGCCUUCCGCUGGAAGUUCAACAACUCGGGCGAGACGAUGGAGGUGGACAGCAAGCACUUCGCCAGCAACGGCAGCCUGUCGCUGCUGCGCUAUACGGUGCGCUCCGACCUCGACUACGGCACGCUGCUCUGCUGGUCCGACAACGCCGUCGGCGCGCAGGCCGCGCCCUGCGUCUUUCAGGUAGUGGCCGCAGGCCGGCCGUUCCCGGUGCGCAACUGCUCGCUGUGGAACCAGACGGCGUCCUCCGUGGAGGUGGUGUGCCAGCCGGGCUUCGACGGCGGCCUGCCGCAGCACUUCGUGCUCGAGCUGCACGCCGCCGCCGGCGCCGGCGCGCGCCUCAACCUCACCGCCAGCGACUUCCCCUCCUUCGUGCUCACCGACCUCGAGCCCGACCUGACCUUCUGGGCUGCCAUCUACGCCGUCAACGCCAAGGGCCGCAGCGUGCCAGUCCUCAUCGAGGAGAUCACCUCCAGGGACGCGGAGCGCAGGACAGGCGACGAGUCGCUGUCGGCAGCGCCAGUGAUGGGUGCCGUGCUGGGGGUGUCCCUAACGCUGCUGGCCGUGGCCCUGGGGGCUGCCGCGACGCUCAGCCGACGAUCCAGGAGGCGGCGCCAUCUGCGCGCAGCCGCCGCCGCCGCCGGCAAGGCGCUGCCCCCGCACCACACCGCCGCCCUCAUCGCCGAGGAGAAGGACCCAGACCUCAUCCCUGCCGGCUUCGCUGGCGGAGGGCUGCGAGCGUCGGGCGACCGCGUGCCGCUGUCCGCGCCGUCGCUUGGCAACGGCAGCGUGGUGUCGCCGGCUCUGGCGGGCAGCCUGGUGUCGCCGCCGGCCAGCAAGCUGCCCACGCCGCAGGGCUCCCUCACUCUGGUCUCGCCGCAGGGCCCGCUCGACGCGGCCAGCAUGCUCACUCCGCUGGGCUCAGCGCUCUGGCCCAGGACAGUCUCACCGCCACCUGUAACGGUGUCCGGGCCGGUGCUGAGCGUGGGCGGCGUGCUGCCGUGGGAGGCCCGCUCGGUAACGCCCCGCGCGUCGCCGCCGCCCCCGGCGCCGGAGUACCGGCCGCCGCCCCCAGGGCCCGUCGUGGCGGACAUCGAGCUCAACGGGCGGGCCAUCAAGGAGCGCCUCAUGGCCAGCCGCCUCCCUGAGAGCUGCGUAUGAUCGCCUCGCACAGCCGCGCACCGUCCCGAAACGCACGCCGCCUAACUCGGCGCUAGUACCUGGCCGCCACCUCAGCCUGUCAGCCCGAGUGACAGCGGUGAUUCGCCUCACGCGACUGUUGCUGCUGUCAGUUUCGCGAAGUUCAGCCUUAUAGACGCGGUCGUUCAGCGUACGUUGGACACAGUGGAUCUAUAACGAGCUGAAUCAGGAGUCAGCGCUGAUAUAAAAAUCCUUAACACACGAGGAAAUGUCUGAUACAUUGAUCUGUAUUUAAUAAUGGCAACAACUCCGAAGACGUUCUUCCACGCAGAAAGGUAUAAUUACCUCAGUUGAGCCACGGACUUUAAUACCCAAGCACGUACGGUUGUAAGUACUUUGGAAAGUAUAUUACUGCUCACUUAAGUGUUGUACGAUUAGUAUGCGAAGCUAUUCGUAAAAAUGUUCUGCAGAUCUUCAGUGUCUCGCAUGCAUAAUCUACAGCUAAACAUAACGAACUCGUUUUGAUUCUACUAUUUUCGAGUGUUAUUUCAUGGUGGAGACUUGGCAGUAUUGGAACUGAUCUUGGCUUAUCUUCUGCCCCUAUGAGUACUAGUUCAAUAGCGGUUAAAAACGCAGAUCUUUCUGGACUUAUUAAAAACUAUUCUUACAGUACCAUAUGGUCUUGGUUUUGAUCACAUGUAGUUAUAAGAGGAUCGUUCGAACGAUAUCACAGUUUUUUUCUGCCAAAUGUUCCCCAUGACGGGAAAAACGACUAAUAAAAUCUGGAGUGUAGUACAAUCACAUCAUGCUCGUAUGACAAAUGGUAAUUAUUUUGUUCUUUGAUAAGCUUGUUUUCAGUUUUGUAUUUGGCUUGUCAGAUUCGAUGCCGUCCACGAUUUCUUUGUUGUGCUAAUGUCGUCACCUCUGCAUACCAGACACAACCGGUAUCCUCCGUCAACAACCUCACACAUUCUACCAGAUACUUGCCACUUUGAUGUUUCUGUCUCUAACUCUUUCCUCUGACAGUAUAAGUAUUCCUGAAUGGCUCAGCAUUAAUUUUUCACUGCUUCUCGGAAGUAAUUCUCAAUACCCGAUUUUAUCGCGAAUAUUUUUUACUUCAUUUUAGAUUUGAUUUGUGUAUUAAUUUUUAGUAUGCUUGUGCAGCACCACUCACUACAUCUUCUUAAUUACCUCUUCUUCGAUUUUCGCACAAUCAGCGUUUCAUAU